AUGAAGACAACAGGCAUUAAGGGCCUUCUUAGAGAUGAGGACGGUGCAUGUGCAAGUGGUUUUGUGGGAAAUGUUGCAUAUGCUGACACAACCUUGACAGAAUUACGAGCUAUUGUUAAGGCCAUGGAGUGGUCUUGGAGAAGAGGUGUUCGAAAUCUCGAGAUUCAGUCUGAUGCUAGGGAAGCUAUUAGUUGGAUUCGGGAAAAAGCUAACCUCCAAGGUGUUGCUCGUGAACUUGUGCAUGAUGCUAUUCGGUGGUGUGACAAAGAUUGGAAUAUUUUCCUCCGGGCAAUCUUUUGUGAACAAAACAGAAGUGGGGAUGCCCUUGCUAUGAUUGGCACUAUCUUGACGGCGGAGUGGAUGGUGUUUGCAUCUUGCCCUCCGGAAUGUGAAGAGGUCUAUGCUAAUGACCUUGUGCAGCUAUGCAGGUUCGUAGAGUUAGAGAGACCAGCUAGUCGGUCUUGUCGUCCUAGUACCCCCCUUGAAGAAGCAGUCUUGAGUGGGAUGAUUCGCCAAAAGAUAUUUGUAUGA